GUGAUUCAUCCUAAAACUGAUGAACAGAGAUGCAGACUUCAGGAAGCUUGCAAAGAUAUUCUCCUUUUCAAAAAUCUCGAUCAGGAACAACUUUCUCAAGUUCUUGAUGCCAUGUUUGAAAGGAUAGUCAAAGCUGAUGAGCAUGUCAUUGACCAAGGAGAUGAUGGAGACAACUUUUAUGUCAUAGAACGGGGAACUUAUGACAUUUUAGUAACAAAAGAUAAUCAAACCCGCUCUGUUGGUCAAUAUGACAACCGUGGCAGUUUCGGAGAACUAGCUCUGAUGUACAACACCCCGAGAGCUGCUACCAUUGUUGCUACCUCAGAAGGCUCCCUCUGGGGACUGGACCGGGUGACUUUUAGAAGAAUCAUAGUGAAAAAUAAUGCAAAAAAGAGGAAGAUGUUUGAAUCAUUUAUUGAGUCUGUGCCCCUCCUUAAAUCGCUAGAGGUGUCAGAACGAAUGAAGAUAGUGGAUGUAAUAGGAGAGAAGAUCUAUAAGGAUGGAGAACGCAUAAUCACUCAGGGUGAAAAGGCUGAUAGCUUUUACAUCAUAGAGUCUGGUGAAGUGAGCAUCUUGAUUAGAAGCAAGACUAAAUCAAACAAGGAUGGUGGGAACCAGGAGGUCGAGAUUGCCCGCUGCCAUAAGGGGCAGUACUUUGGAGAGCUUGCCCUGGUCACCAACAAACCCAGAGCUGCCUCAGCUUAUGCAGUUGGAGAUGUCAAAUGCUUAGUUAUGGAUGUACAAGCAUUCGAGAGGCUUCUGGGGCCCUGCAUGGACAUCAUGAAGAGGAACAUCUCACACUAUGAGGAACAGCUGGUGAAGAUGUUUGGCUCCAGCAUGGAUCUGGGCAACCUCGGGCAGUAGGUGACCAAAGGAAGCUCAUGCUAUUGUAAAGCCUUGUUCCAGUUUGAUCUUGCCCACAUUGGGACAGAGACACCUGCUUGUAUCAAAGGGCCAAGCCGUGGGAACAUAUGAAAUCUAGGACCCAAGAAACUGGUAGAUGGAAAUCUUGGGACCCACUGGGGCCCAAUAAACUGGUAGCUGAACCCUC